GGAGCACUGGUAUGAGUUUUGUCUGCUCAGAAGAACACAAGCAAUAAUACUUCGUAUUUCAAUAUCCAUUUCUCUUCUCAUCCGUUCCUCAAAAGCUAAAGUCUUGAAAGCUUUUAAGAUUUGAAUCGAAUGGCGCCGGCAGCUGCUCCAGAAGACGACGACCUAAUAAAGGACGAGAAGAAUCCUCGUCCGCUCGACGAAGACGACAUUGCCCUCCUCAAGACCUACGGAUUAGGUCCAUACUCAAACAGCAUUAAGAAAGAGGAGAAGGAAAUCAAAGAAUUGGCUAAGAAGAUCAAUGACCUUUGUGGUAUCAAGGAAUCUGACACUGGGUUAGCUGCACCAAGCCAGUGGGAUCUUGUUUCUGAUAAACAAAUGAUGCAGGAGGAGCAACCACUUCAAGUUGCAAGGUGUACUAAGAUAAUUAACCCAAAUACUGAGGACGCCAAGUAUGUUAUAAAUGUCAAACAAAUUGCUAAGUUUGUGGUUGGGCUUGGUGACAAAGUGUCCCCUACAGAUAUUGAAGAAGGCAUGCGAGUGGGGGUUGAUCGCAACAAAUACCAGAUUCAGAUUCCUUUGCCUCCAAAGAUUGAUCCAAGUGUAACUAUGAUGACUGUAGAAGAAAAACCUGAUGUAACUUAUAACGAUGUUGGUGGAUGUAAAGAGCAGAUAGAAAAGAUGCGAGAAGUUGUUGAGCUUCCCAUGCUUCAUCCUGAGAAAUUUGUGAAGCUUGGAAUUGAUCCUCCUAAAGGUGUUUUGUGCUAUGGUCCUCCUGGAACUGGAAAAACUCUUUUGGCUAGAGCUGUGGCCAAUAGAACUGAUGCAUGUUUCAUUCGUGUUAUUGGAAGUGAACUUGUUCAAAAAUAUGUCGGUGAAGGUGCCCGCAUGGUUCGAGAACUUUUCCAGAUGGCACGGUCAAAGAAGGCUUGUAUUGUCUUUUUUGAUGAAGUUGAUGCGAUAGGUGGUGCACGAUUUGAUGAUGGUGUGGGUGGAGAUAAUGAGGUUCAACGUACCAUGCUUGAAAUCGUCAAUCAGCUUGAUGGUUUUGAUGCUCGAGGAAACAUUAAAGUCUUAAUGGCAACAAACAGACCUGAUACACUGGACCCAGCAUUGUUACGUCCAGGAAGACUGGAUCGUAAGGUUGAGUUUGGUUUACCUGAUUUGGAAAGCAGGACACAAAUUUUUAAGAUCCAUACACGAACUAUGAACUGUGAAAGAGAUAUUCGUUUUGAGCUUCUUGCUCGUCUUUGCCCAAAUUCUACUGGAGCUGACAUUAGGAGUGUCUGCACUGAGGCUGGGAUGUAUGCCAUUAGGGCACGCAGGAAGACAGUUACUGAGAAAGACUUCCUGGAUGCGGUGAACAAGGUGAUCAAGGGGUAUCAGAAGUUCAGUGCGACCCCAAAGUAUAUGGUCUACAAUUGAGGUUGUAUUUAGGAAUUCACCAAUGUAUUUUAUGUUGGAAUUGUCCGUAUUUUCAAUCUCAUUUGCCCUUACUCUACAUUCCUCAAGUUUUAGUUCCAUUGAAAGCAGAAACUGUACGUCAUUUAUUUGGUUCAACUAUUGGCCUCUGGUGGCAAAACUGCAGUGAAAAUUCACAGAAGUUGGUUUGCUUGUUUGAA